AGCGAUUUGGCUGCAGAGCCUUUCAGCUCGAGAAGGAGAAUACGCCAUCCCCAGAUUGUUCCUGAGCCUGAGUUGAGCCGAUGGCGAGUUCGGAGAGGAGUCCGAUGGCGGGCUUGAGUCCGGGGAGGAGUCCGAUGGCGGAUCUCACGAGCAGGCUUCUCCCGGAAGGCCCAGAGACUGAGCACCCCAGGCCCGCGGGAAUCCCCGAGGCCGAGCGUCCAUUUUUCGAAAAGCGCGGUUGGGAAAAGGUGACGGUGGACAAGAAGAAGCGCAUGUGGCUCAACGGCGAGUCUCUCCAGCAGAUGGAGCACGCUGAGGCAAUCAAGGCAGCUGGCGGCGUGUCCCUCAACCCCGAGGACGGCAACGACACGAGCAAAGACCAGGCGUGGCCUCAUGAACCCAAUUGCCGGGUGAAGUGUGCCGACAAGUACGUGCUCAUCACGACGAUUCUUUGGUUGGGGCCCAAAAUUGUUGUCUUGGCGCUGCCAAUGCUGAUACUUCACUUGCCUCCGAUGAUCGUGGUGCGCUUGACCAUUGCUACGGUCCCGGACGGUACAGAGCGCAUCAAGCGGACCAGCGGCUUUUACGCCUUGUUUACCCUCACGCUUGUUCUCUCGCUUCCAGCAAUGUUCCGUAAGGCUUGCGCCACACGGGUUUUCCCCUAUAUUAUUAUGAUUCGUUUGUCCAUCGCAGGCAUUGGUUGAGGCUGACUUAGCGGCAUCCGUGCGCCGACUUGAGCCGUCUUUGGCUUGCUUUGGCCACCUACCCUCUGCGGCCCCCUCUUGGGCACCGAUCAGGCGCUCCUCUCAGAUUCGGAAAUCGACUUCCCGUGGAGGGGGAGGGAAAGGCACAUGUUACCUCACGCGUCAGUAAGCCCAAAGGGGUGAGUGAAUUCUGAUACUCGUUUCGUUGAUCCUCGAUAGCAUCGUUUACUAUGUAUUGUCGAUCCUUUACAUGGUGUGCCUGUGCCGUUGGAAGGAGACAUGCCAGAGCUUCGAGAAAAUCCGGCCGUACCGCAACGGCCCGUCGAUCCUCUUCCACCUUCCAGACUUUUUCGUCUGCGCCAUGGGUCAGUGCUCCCGGCAGGCGGUGGGUGAGCCGCUUUACAUGAUUUCUUGCAUGUGGCUUCUGAUGCCUUGGCUGAAGUACUACAUCAAUUGCAAUCCCUUCAUUUAUCCGGCUGCCUGCGGCAUGCCCCGCCUCGGCUCUGCCAGCAG